CCCAGCCCCAGCCCCGGCCCCGGCCCCGGGGGAUGCCCCCGGCAGGCGCGCCCUCAUGGCCGCCGACGUCUUCAUGUGCUCGCCCCGCCGGCCUGGCGGCGGGGCCCGCCCGGUGCUGCUCAAAGCGCCGGCUCCCGACGACGACGACGACGACUCGGACACGGACGAGCCCGCGGCCGCCGCCGCGGCCCCCGCGGGCUCCGGCUCCUCCGGCGGCCCGGUGCGGCCCCGGCCCGGCCCCGCCGCCGCCCCCGCCGCCGGCGGGCCGGACGAGGACGAGGACGACGAGGCGGAGGACGAGGAGGCGGCGGCCGAGGAGUCCGGGGGCCGGCGGCGGGGCCGUCAGCAGAUCAUCCACAGCGGCCACUUCAUGGUGUCGUCCCCGCACCGCGAGCACCCGCCCAAGAAGGGCUACGACUUCGACACGGUCAACAAGCAGACGUGCCAGACGUACAGCUUCGGCAAGACCAGCUCGUGCCACCUGUCCAUCGACGCGUCCCUCACCAAGCUCUUCGAGUGCAUGACCCUGGCCUACAGUGGGAAAUUGGUGUCUCCAAAGUGGAAGAACUUCAAAGGGCUAAAGCUGCAAUGGAGAGACAAGAUCCGGCUCAAUAACGCCAUCUGGCGGGCAUGGUACAUGCAGUACUUAGAGAAACGGAAGAAUCCCGUGUGCCACUUUGUGACUCCCUUGGAUGGCUCUGUGGAAGUGGACGAGCAUCGCCGGCCGGAGGCCAUCACCACAGAAGGGAAGUACUGGAAACGGCGGAUUGAGAUUGUGAUCAGGGAAUAUCACAAGUGGAGAACAUACUUCAAGAAAAGGCUACAGAAGCACAAGGACGAGGACCUUUCCAGCCUGGUCCGGGAUGAUGACCUGCUUUUCUGGCAUAAGGGUGGGGAUGGGUGGGACACCCCAGUCCCCAUGGAAGAGGAUCCACUCUUGGACACAGACAUGCUCAUGUCAGAAUUCAGCGACACCCUCUUUUCCACUCUUUCAUCGCAUCAGCCAAUGGCCUGGCCCAACCCAAGGGAAAUAGCACAUUUGGGAAAUGCAGACAUGAUCCAGCCAGGGCUAAUCCCUCUACAACCAAACUUUGACUUCAUGGACACAUUUGAACCUUUCCAGGACCUGUUCUCGUCCAGCCGCUCCAUCUUUGGCCCUACGCUUGCUGGACCUGCUGUUUCAGCUGCAGCAGACCCCAGCAGUCCACCAGCACAGGGGCCCGUCCUAUCAGGGGGUACUCUGCCCACUGUGAGCCUCCCUGACAGCCUCAUUGUCCCACCAGGGCCAGCCUCCCUAGGCCCCGCGGAAAGGCGGAGCUGUGAGCGUGGGCCCCGACUUGGGGGCCCUUUCCUUCAGCCCACAGACUUUGGUAGCCCAGAGCCACCCCUGAGUGGUCCACAGACUUUCCUCCCAGUCUUUCCAGGUUCCCUGCUCUCUCCCGGCCCAGCACCAACACCGUCUUCACCUCCAAUGCCGUUAGUGCCCCCUCCAGGGGCUACUCUGAAUGCCCAGGCUCCGCCUACUUUUCUGCAGUCACCGAAAUUGGGCAAGUCAUCCUCAGUCAUCACCCACACAGCCUCGGCUACGCUCACCCCUGAUGCCUCUGCAGCUGCUUUCAGCCAGAGCCAGGGCCUCAUGCUAACUGCACAGCAGCCAGCCCCACCAGGACCGCCCUGUGGCCUGACAGUGCCUCCAGCCAUUGGGCCAACCCAGUCUCGCCUGACUUUUGUCCACCCUAAAUCUGUGCCCUUGGCUAGUGGGCGAGCCAAGCCACCCCCUAAAAUAGUGCCUGCUCCAAAACCUGAGCCCGUGUCCUUGCUGUUAAAGAAUGCUUAUAUCACCCCAGCUGCCUUUUCAGGACAACCCCAAGCAGUGAUUGUGACCCCUGGCCCUCUGAAGAGAGAAGGGGUAUUGACCUCUACUAUGUCCCAGCCCAAUGUGGUCAUCACCAGGGCUCCUGGCGUCACUGAGUUCCAUAGUGGCAUCCUGGUUGCUGCAGACCUUGGCCAUGCUGCUAGUAGCCAGGCAUCCCCAGCCUCCCGGCUCUUCUCCCCAAGUGCUGUGCAAGACUCUUUAGUGAAGGGCGAGCAGAUCUCACUUCACGGAAGUGGUUCCCAGAUUGCCUCUCCAUCUUCCAGCCGAGACUGUCCGAACUCUGGUCAGGCCUCUCCUUGUGCAUCAGAACAAAGUCCCAGUCCUCAGUCUCCCCAGAACUGCUCAGGGAAAUCCACUACAGACCCCCCAAAUGUGGCUGCGUUCAAGAGCCGGAGGAUGAAGCACAUUUCAGCUGAACAGAAGAGACGGUUCAACAUUAAGAUUGGCUUUGGAACCUUAAACAGUUUGAUCUCCAACAACUGCAAGCUGACCAGCCAUGCCAUCACCCUGCAGAAGACGGUAGAGUACAUUGCCAAGCUUCAGCAGGAGAGGAGCCAGAUGCAGGAGGAAGCCCGGCGCCUUCGAGAGGAGAUCGAGGAGCUCAAUGCCACCAUCAUCUCCUGUCAGCAGCAGCUCCCUGCCACAGGAGUCCCUGUUACUCGCCGCCAGUACGAUCACAUGCGGGACAUGUUUGAUGAUUAUGUAAAAAGUCGCACCCUACAGAAUUGGAAGUUCUGGAUUUUCAGCAUUAUAAUCAAACCGUUGUUUGAGUCAUUCAAGGGCAUGGUGUCAACCACCAGCUUGCAUGAGCUCCAUCAGAGCGCCCUCUCGUGGCUGGACCAGCACUGCUCCCUCCCUGUUCUCAGGCCAAUGGUUUUGCUCACCCUCCGCCAGUUGAGCACGACAACCUCCAUCCUCACGGACCCAUCGCGGUUACCGGAGCAAGCAUCUGAGGCUGUCACCGGAAUUGGCAAGAGGACAGGGGAGUCCCAGCAGCCUUGAGCACAUGGCCUCCACCGUUAGCUCAGGGAUCCCUCCCUAUGUUGAGGCUAGCUGGCUCAAGAGCCAGGGUCCUUGGCUUCUCCCAAAGUCCAGCUUCACUGCAUCCCUUAGGGCUUCCCUCUGAUAAAGAUGUGCAGUGUCAGCAGAAAUACCCAGCUCAGGUUUGUAGCAGGUGCGGGUCCUGCCGACAGCAAUAGCCCAUCUGCUGAAACACUGUGUGGUCGAGUUCCUGUGCUUAGUGACCUCAAACGUCACUCUCCCUGGGAUUCAGACGGUGAGAGCCGGUCCAGAAAAAGGGAAGUGUUUGUUCUUGAUGGACCUUGGCCUUGCUGCUGACCCUGCUUCACUCCAGACCGGCUUUUCUGGAAGGCUGAUGGCUCCUGCAGGAGCUGAGGGCAAAGGAAGGGAUGCUCCGUCCUUGGGCUGGUUAAAAUCUCCAAGCACCCGCCCCCAUUUCCAGACUUGGGGCUUGGUUUUUCUCUCUUCUUACUUGGUUUAUGGUGGUAAGGAAGGCAUCUCUCCUCUGACUCCACCUCUCCUGAUGUAGCAUUUGGAAGAUGUAUUCCUGCCUGCGACACCAAGGUAGCGACUUUGACAUGCACCUGUAACUUGUAAAUACACUUCAACUUCUUCUGUGCAGGUGGCUACUGCUGCAGGGCACCUGUUUUUUACUGCAUGGCGUCAGCUGCCGGUGGGGAGUUGGGGGGAGGGAGUGCCUUUCUAGGGAACGCUCAGCCAGCCUCAAGAACUGAGGGACAUGUAUGUACAAGACGUGAAAAGCUGCUGCGCCAAUCUGGAAAACGGAGAGGAAUCAUGCCGUCUGGUGACUUAUGUAGCAUCAUGGGCGCUGGGGCUUACCCUCACCUGGCAGCUAGGACCCUGGCUUUCCCUCCCUCAGCUUCCGAGCUGUACUUACAAAGGGGAGCAUUUGAGAGCAUCCUAUAAAAGUUUGUUUCAGUAAGAUGCCACUGGUCUUAAGUUUAGCAUUGGAAAAGCCAGGUUAUGGAUAAUUGCAGUUGUCUUCAUUCUCAGCCUGGCCUCUAGCCAGGAGUCAUCUUCUGAAAGCUCUAAGUCCUAGAUUUUCGGACCAAAGAAAUUCUUGUGAGCAAAGUCUGAGGAAAGGGAACCUGUCUGGUCCACUGUUCAGGUGACUGAGGUUGUGGGAACUAGAGAUUCUUAUACUGGAUUGUUCUGUGGAGGCAUCUCAGCCUCCUGGAUCAGGAGAGAAUUCUAAGUACCUGAUGUGAGUGGAGGGGAGGGCCUAGGAAAGGAAGGUCAGAGGUACUUUCCUUGUCCAUUAAUGAUGAACUGUUUCAGUUACUUUACAUGUGUGUUCGGUCCCACAUGUAGGAAUUGGCCCACGUGCAAGUGAACUAGCCCAGGUUGGUAGAUUGGAUCUUUUUGAGUGCAGAGAAAAGCCCUCGUUGGAACUGAAAGGAUUGGAAAUGCAUCAGAUGCAGAAGCUGGCUUCCUCAUUGGUUGCCCCCCGUCUAGGCGCUUCCACAUGGCAGCUGUCGGCUUGGAGCUUUACUCCAGGGGUGAAAGCCACUGCCUUUCUCACCUGGGGCCCCUGCUGCACCCUCCUUCUGGCUAGAAAAGUGGAAAUAAAAAUGAAUUUCACAGCCCCUGGGAAAGUGCCCUGUUGCUCCCCUUUUUAAAACAUGCCAGAACCACCUGGCUGUAAUUCUCUCAGGAAGGUGAUAGGUGAGAGGCUGCUUCCUCUCCAUCCUCACUGCUGCUUGUCGUCUCUCCCCCCACCCCGACCCCAGGCAGCGAGUAUUCCUUGUGAGACUGCUCAGCGCAGAGCUAAUCUCCACAAGUUCUGGGUGGUCUUGCAAGCCCAUGGCCGUCAGCCCCUUCUCUCAUCCACAUUUCCAUUGGAACAUUGGUAGAGCUGAGAGGACAUUUUAUUUCCACCACUUUGGGGCCUGGUUUGCAUAGAAAGUAGUCUGGGCAUCCCACUCCAGGCGGAGGAAGGAGCCCUCUUUGGGCCGGCUGCCUGAUUGGGAACCUGUAGAGCAGAUCGCAGCAACAGCACAAAGUCCUUGGGGAGUUACCCCCCUUCAGUCUGGAAUCUAGGAAGGUGCAGGGAGGCGGGCGGGGAGGGAGCUGUAGGGGAGAGACAGAGAGAGACAGAGACACGGGACUGAGGGGGGGGGGCUUUCCUGAAAGGUGGCUUCUGUUCUCAGAGAGCUGAGGCCUAGCAUGCUCACAGAAGGCUUACCCCUCAGACCCGGGUCAUGGGUCAUGCCCAUUCUCAGACUCUGAGAACGUGAAUUCAGGUCAGCAGGGGAUCGUAAGGGAAUUGGGCCGCCCACUUUCCAGAUUUCAUCGUGCCUGCACGCAGAAGUGAGGUUCGAGUGCUCCUUGAAGUUGUCACCUCCCAGCCUAGCACUAGCUACCCAGAGUGAAAAGGAACCCUCCUCGGGCAUCGGGGCAGCAGAAAGCGAGUGGUGAAAAGGAUCAUGGCCUUGGCUUAGCUCCCUCCAGCCCACUGUGCUCUGGCCUGCAGCCCUUCUCUGCCUUAGCUCUAGAGCAGCACCAGGAGCACUCCAUAAGUUGGGGGAGGGGAGAGGGAAAGGGGCACGAGCAGACUUUCAGCCUUCUCAGAAUGUGAAAUUGGCCUCUUGCUUUUCUGACCUGCCUUUCCUUUCUGCUAAAUCAGUGUUUUUGAAAUAUUUAAGGCAGUAAGUAGGUUAGGUUAGAUUUCAUGAAGUAUAUGUAUAUGUGAAUACUCACAGAUUGUGUAAUGACAUGCAUGUUUUCAUUGUUUACCCAUUUACUUAAAUCCAUUUAUCCUGGUGCUCAAGACUUAACCACGGUGAUUGGGAAGCAGAGUUCUCCCUGGGCUUCACAAGUCAUGGUCCCUGAGGUUUUCCUCUUUGAAGAACACCUCUGGUUGGGCCAGACUUUGUCUCCUCUUACCAACUUGCAGGGCAGGGAAUGCUUGGGAAGUUCUAGAGCUUUGAUCUGCUUCAGAGCGAGGUUUGGGGGGAAUCUGGGGAUAUUUUAGCCAGCUGCCCAGGAAAAUGGACAGAAAGCAACUCUGACCUUCUAUCUGGAUUUGUUUACACUCACUUUCCCCCUUUCUUUUCCCUCUUCCUAAAGAAACAGCUGAGUCUUUUGAGGGAAAAAAAAUCAGCUCAGAAAACUCCCUUCUGCCAAACAAAUCUCAGAAUUUCUAACACCAUCUCUUUAAUCUGCAUUAUCAGUUCUUGUUUCAUGUUGAGCAUCGGAAGUGUGAAGACAUUGUCGCUGAAGCAGGCGCCCAGUGGGGUUUUCUGAGCACUCUGUGUACUCCCCACCGCCCUCUCCCAACACAACCCCCUCCCACAUCCCUUCCACAUGGGUUUACAUAAUCUAAAUGAUGUUUUGUCGCCUCCAUCAUGCUGCAGGAUGGUGACUGGGUUGCUGUUUUCCACAGCACAAAUAAUGUUCAUGAAAAGAGAAUUUCCCUGAUAGAAGGCCAGUGGGUAGAGAGGAGUGAAAGAAAAUAAGGAAGACUUGAGAAGAAGAAUGCCCAAGGGUGCCAAAUAUGUCCAGUGCUCACCAGAGCCCGAGCUGGGAUGUAGGGAAUUGUCAGUCCUGUGUGGGACGGCUCUGCUUAUCUCCUUCCAUCUCAUCACUCCUCUGGAGACCACAUCCGUUUUCUCCCUUCUCAGACCAGUGAUGUAGCUGUUUCUGGAUACCCUUUUGGAAGUGGUCAAGACUGGUCUUUGCCCAGAUACCCAACACUUGUAGGUGGGCUCCAGAAGGAGACUGGCCUAAAUGUUGUCCUGAAAUCUGCCCGUGUUCUCUGAUGGUACCAACCUAGAAAACAACUUGUUGGACGCAGGAAAGUCCAACUGAUGGUACCCCUGGGGGGAUGUAGGGAGUGAAAGGGGCCUGUGGUAGCCGUGGUAACAGAAAGCAUCGUGCUCUUCUAAGGCUGACACAACUUGGGUGGUGAUGGCUCUUUACCUCCAGGUCUUUCCUACCUCUUUCCCUAGGGGAAGCAGGGGGCAGGACUGAAACCAGGGUGGAGAUAACUAAGGAACACAAUUCAGGGAUGCCAGACUUCUGUUUAAUCUCCUGUCUUUGGGUGUUAACCUUUGUCCAGCCAAACUUCUUCCAUGUGACUAAAGCCCAGCUCUGUAUCUGGAAAGUCAAAAAGACGGAUCAGUGUUUGUAGAGCCGUUGCCUUGUCAGCCAAAUCCUUUUCUAGGUCUAGAGCAGGCGAAGAGACAGGUGUGAAACUGGCUGUCUCACUACUCCUGGUCUUUCUGGUCUCAGUUAUUUGAUAUCUCAUGUGCCACCAAGACAGGUGGGUUAAAAGAAGCACCAGCGUGAGUGUACACCCACUGGCAGAACAGAGGGCAAUGCUAAUUAACUACCUCUCUUUGGGUGGCACAACAUCAGAGCGCUCAGAGUCCUGAAAAGCUCUUGGUUCCUUUGUGUGUACAGAAAAACGCCUGCACUUUUCUGUUAGGGAGAGCUCCUUUCCCCGGGGGCCUUCCAGCAGGGCUGUGGGGAAAAGCAGUAUAUGUAACAAUCCAGCACCUUCACCUCUGUGAUCUCAUUUCAUCCUCAUAGUAGCCCUGUAGGAAAGACACAGCAAGUAUUAGCCCCAUUUACAGAUGAGGAAAUGGAAGCCUUGGGGGCAAAGCCUGAUUUUGGAGAGGGAAGGAUCUUCACUGUGGCAUUGGUUCAUCAUUCCAGUUAAUUGGGUAGGGUUUUUAACCUUAUCCCAAAGAAUGGAAGAGGAGAUCUGGCUGUGUAUUUGAAGUAUUGGAUAAGCCACAGGGCCCAUGUGAAGUGUGUCAAGGUCCUGGCCGGGAGCCCCCAAAGCCCAUGGCCUGUAGGCCCGUUUACAGCUGGCCUGGGGUGGGGUGGGGUGGGGUGAAGGUAGACUCAGACUGUGGAGGGGCCUGCCUUCCUAGCUCUUACCAAAUGGAACUCUUGCUGGUGCUUAUGAAAAUCAACUUGGGGGAAAAGGGAAAAUGUUGUCAUGAAUGUUUCCUUUUUUGUUUUUGUGUAGUUUACCUGCAUGGGAUUUUAUUUUUGUGUGACUCUCACCUCUCUUCAUGGUCACCAUACUCAACAUUUAGUUCCUUCCCUCAUUGCAUCUUCCUCUUGGAUCAGUGCGUCUGAAAUCAGAGCAUGAGAAAUUUUAAAACAUUCUUCUCUGGGUUGUUUGUUUUGUUUUGUUUUUUAAGUAGAGGUUAAGAUGUCUCUGGAAGAAAGAUUUAAGGGGUUUAGGAGAAGCUGAAGUUUUAAAUAUUUCAAUCUUAAGACUAUAGCUCUAGAGCUGAAAAGGACCUCAGAGGCCUUCUACUCCAGCCUCAUUUAACAGUUAAGGAAACUGAGGCCCACGGAGAUUAAGUGACUUACCCAGAGCCACACAGUAAGUGCCAGACCCAGAAUCUGAACCUGGGUCAUGUAUACCAAUAGUUCGCAUUCAACUAAUAAACCAGGGUGAACCAACAGCUGUCAGCAGUGAGACAGGUUCCUGGCCUGGGGCGGUGAUUGUGAGGCAGGCCGCUUGGGACCUCCCCAGAUUGAUGAUUUUUUUUUACAUUUCUGAGUAGCUCUUCAACAAAAGGAAAAGUGAAUUCAGUGGCUUUUACUGUAACACCACAGUUGUGAUAUACUGUCACUUUUCUGGUUUUAGUUUGUUGCGUACAUGGUUUUAUUGUGAGUUUUGUUUGUUAUUUGUUUUAGGUUUCAUUUCAGUAAACAAAUUUGUUUUGGGAUAGAACCUCAGAAAAUGUAAAGCUUUCCGUCUCUGUGUCUCUAUGUGGAAGCAGUCCUGCGCCUACAUCACCCCCUCCAUUGUUCUGCUGUCCAAAAGCACAUUUCCACCAGCUGUAUUCAACACUACAAUGCAUUUUUUUUAUAUAUUUGCAGCCAAAACAAUAAAAACUUAUUUUUUGGAAGA